AUGAUAACUUUUUAUCAAGAAGCGAUAGUGAAGACGAGCAGCCCCUUUCUAUUUUCAUGUCUCAUAACAAGCCUUCAAGGUCUGCACCGCCAACUAAAAAGAAAAAAUCUACAGGUUGGAAAAAAGAAGAACCCGCUUUUAUUUGCACUGAAUAUCGUCCACAGCCACCAUCAGAUGAAAGUAAAAAAUGUCAAAAAUUCUCUGGAAUACUUCAAACUAUUUUUUCACAAUGAUCUCAUCAAACAUAUAAUCAAACAAACAAACCUGUACGCUUUGCAAAAAAACAAACCUUUGAUGGCAACAGAGGACGAAAUCUAUGUUAUUUUAGGAGCAAUGCUUUUGUCGGGUUAUGUCAAGUUGCCAAAGAAGCGAUUGUAUUUUUGCAAGGAUAAUGACGUGCCUACAAUUUUACAAGACAGCAUUAGAUGCAACCGUUUUGAGUUGAUUCUUCAACAUGUACAUUUGAACGAUAAUAGCGAGCUCAAUGAAACAGAUAGAUUAUAUAAAUUACGACCUGUUCUGGAAAGCCUAGGUGAAACAUUUCAGAAACACUACGGGAUGGAUGAACACUAUAGCGUAGAUGAAAGCAUGAUCCCGUAUUACGGAAAACACUACGCUAAACAGUUCAUCCGUGGAAAGCCAAUUAGGUUUGGUUUCAAAAACUGGGCAAUGUGUGCUAGUACCGGAUAUAUGUUAGCGUUCAGUUUAUAUACGGGAAAGAGUUCUGAAAAAAAAGAUUUUGGAGUAGGUGGCGACGUAGUUCUCAACCUAAUUACAUUGAGCAAACUUCCACCAAACAGUGGCAUAAAAUUGUUUUUUGACAAUUAUUUUACAUCUUUGAGCCUGAUGAGACACCUGAAGGAGCUUGGCUAUUAUGCUACAGGCACCUUGAGAGCUAAUCGCACUGAGAACUGCCCAGUCAAAGACGUAAAACAAUUCAAGAAGGAGGCGCGAGGUCAUUACGAUUACCGAGUAGCUGAUGAUGUUUUCGUAUGUCGGUGGAAUGAUAACAAUGUUGUCACAGUAGCCACUAAUUUUGAAAAUCUGGCAAUUACAUCUGCCACACGCUGGUCCAAUGAAGAAAAAGCCAAAGUGCAAGUACCUCAGCCAUCACUUAUUUCAAAUUAUAAUAAGUAUAUGGGUGGAGUAGACAAAUGUGAUCAGGCUGUGGCAAACUUACGAACUCGGAUGCGUAUAAAGAAAUGGUGGUGGCCCAUAUUUGCAUAUUUAUUAGACGUUUCGGUUGUAAAUGCCUGGUUACUUGCACGGAAGAAUGGCUGCACAAGAGAUACUGAGUCUUUAUUCGUUUUUAGACGCUUCAUAGCAAGGAGCUUACUUUCGACACAUGGCACACCACCACAUCAAGGUCGCAAGCCGGCAAAACCAUUAUCUACAAUGAGAUACGACGGUAAAGAACAUUGGCUGGUUCCAAUAAAUACUGAACGUCGGUGUGCAAAUUAA